AUGUCUUCCCACCAGCAGAAGCAGCCCAGUAUCAUACCUCCUCAGCUUCAGCAGCAUCAAGUGAAACAGCCCUGCCAACCACCUCCCCAGGAACCAGGCAACCCCAAGGGCCCACAACCAGGCACCAAGUUGCCACAGACAAGUUAUCCUAAUGUUCCAGAGCCAGGCACAACCAAGUUGCCAGAACCAUGCUAUCCUAAUGUUCCAGAGCCAGGCACAACCAAGUUGCCAGAACCAUGCUAUCCUAAUGUUCCAGAGCCAGGCACAACCAAGUUGCCAGAGCCAUGCCAACCUACAGUUACAGGGCAAUACCCCACCAAGACACCAGAGCCAUACUACCCUGGGGUCCCAGGGCCAACCUACCCUAAGGUCCCAGAGCCAGGCACCACCAAGGUCCCAGGGUCUUAUCCACCUCCUGCCCAAGAGAAGUACCCACAGGUCCCCAAGACCAAACAGAAGUAA